AUGCGGGGCUGCAGGAGGCGGGGCUACAGGAGGCGGGGCUGCAGGAGGCGGGGCGGCAUGAUGCGGAAACUAAACCCAGAGCCCAGAACCCUGAACCCAGAGCCCAGAACCCUGAACCCAGAGCCCAGAACCCAGAGCUCAGAACCCAGAGCCCAGAACCCAGAACCCAGAACCCUGAACCCAGAGCCCAGAACCCAGAGCUCAGAACCCAGAGCCCAGAACCCAGAGCUCAGAGCCCAGAACCCAGAACCCAAAGCUCACAGCCCGGAAGCCAGAGCCCAGAGCCCAGAGCUCAGAGCCCAGAACCCAGAGCCCAGAACCCAGAAGCCUGAACCCAGAGCCCAGAGAGCCCAGAACCCAGAGCUCAGAACCCAGAACCCUGAACCCAGAACCCAGAGCCCAGAACCCAGAAGCCUGAACCCAGAGCCCAGAGGCCAGAGCUCAGAACCCAGAGCCCAGAACCCAGAGCUCAGAACCCAGAGCUCAGAACCCAGAGCUCAGAGCCCAGAACCCAGAGCCCAGAACCCAGAACCCAGAGCUCAGAACCCAAAGCUCACAGCCUGGAAGCCAGAGCCCAGAACCCAGAACCCUGAACCCAGAGCCCAGAGGCCAGAACCUAGAACCCAGAGCCCAGAACCCAGAACCCUGAACCCAGAACCCAGAGCCCAGAACCCAGAGCCCAGAACCCAGAACCCAGAGCCCAGAACCCAGAGCCCAGAGCCCAGAAUCCAGAACCCAAAGCUCAGAGCCUGGAAGCCAGAGCCCAGAACCCAGAACCCUGAACCCAGAGCCCAGAGCCCAGAGCCCAGAACCCAGAGCCCAGAACCUAGAACCCAGAACCUAGAACCCAGAACCCGACCCUGCUGGUUCCCAAUGCCGGGUCAAACUGGGAGCUGCACUGGGAACCAGAAUAACACAAAGUCUGCACCUCCUGCUGCUGAUGUCACCACCGCCCCGCAGGGAUUAUGGGUAAUGCCGCUGCAGGCUGAGGUCAUCUCGCUGUGA